AUGAACGUUAGGACAGCCACUAGAGGCUGUGCCAGAUAUCCACAAUAUGUCUCAUACGCUCAAAGACAUGCUCGUAAUUUCUACCCUGUUUUACAACGAGCACAACCCAUUCAACAACAUGUUAACAAUAAUAAUUUCAGUUGUCGUAUACGUCUAUACACUCAGUCUCAUGCUUCUUUGAGCCCUGCCGUGCAAAUUAAUGAACCACAAUUAUCUCAUAAUAAGAAGAAUUAUCGUACCGAGACACCUUCUGAUAAUACUUUGGUGGGACUCACUGGUGGUCAAAUCUUCCAUGAAAUGAUGAUUCGUAAUAAUGUGGACACGGUAUUUGGUUAUCCAGGUGGUGCUAUAUUGCCUGUGUAUGAUGCCAUUCAUGAAUCAAAAGCAUUUAAUUUUAUCUUACCAAAACAUGAACAAGGUGCUGGCCAUAUGGCAGAAGGUUAUGCUAGAGCUUCUGGGAAACCAGGUGUUGUUCUCGUGACCUCUGGUCCAGGUGCUACAAAUGUAGUUACUCCCUUAGCAGAUGCUCUAUCAGACGGUAUUCCAUUAGUGGUAUUCACAGGCCAAGUCGCUACAAGUGCAAUUGGUUCCGAUGCAUUCCAAGAAGCCGACGUUCUGGGGAUAACAAGACCUUGCACAAAAUGGAAUGUCAUGGUUAAGAAUAUAGAAGAAUUACCACAACGUAUAAAUGAAGCCUUUAAAAUCGCUACAAGUGGUAGACCAGGCCCCGUAUUAGUAGAUUUACCAAAGGAUGUCACAGCAGGUGUUUUGAGGAAAAUUAAAGAAAUUAAACCAUUGGUACCUGAUUUACAAGUUAGCAAUACAAUUAAAACUCUGGAGAGAGAAUAUACUUUUGAAAGAUUAACUAAAGCUGCAGAAUUGAUCAAUUCUGCUAAAAAACCUGUCUUCUUUGUUGGGGCUGGUAUUCUCAACAACCCAGACGGACCAAAAUUAUUAAAAGAAUUGAGUAACAGAGCAAACAUACCAGUGAUGACCACUCUUCAAGGAUUAGGUUCAUUUGAUCAAGAAGAUCCAAAAUCAUUAGAUAUGGUUGGGAUGCAUGGUAGUGCUGUGGCAAAUAUGGCAAUGCAAAAUGCAGAUCUAAUUAUUGCUGUUGGUGCCCGAUUUGAUGAUCGUGUCACUGGGAAUAUUCAAAAAUUUGCCCCUGUAGCACGUGAAGCUUCAUUGGCAGGUACUGGUGGUAUUAUUCAAUUUGAAAUUAAUCCUAAAAAUAUCAACAAAGUUGUUCAAACUGAUGUUGCUAUUGAAGGUGAUGCUGCAACAAAUCUAGGAAGAGUAUUACCAAUGGUAUUCCCGAUGAAAGAAAGAAAAGAAUGGUUUAAUGAAAUUAAAGCCUGGAAGGAAAAAUACCCUUAUGACUAUAUGAAGGAAACUCCAGAAUCAAAAAUAAAACCACAGACUGUCAUAUCAAGAUUAUCCAAGAUUGCAAAUGCUACCGGUAGAGAAGUUAUUGUCACUACUGGUGUCGGACAACAUCAAAUGUGGACAGCUCAACAUUGGACAUGGAAAAAUCCACGUACUUUUAUUACAUCAGGUGGCCUGGGUACUAUGGGUUACGGCCUACCAUCAGCAAUUGGUGCUCAAGUAGCAAAACCAAAAGCGUUAGUUAUCGAUAUUGAUGGUGAUGCCUCUUUCAACAUGACUUUGAAUGAAUUAAGCUCAGCAGUGCAAGCUGGUGUCCCAAUUAAGGUACUACUAUUGAAUAAUGAAGAACAAGGUAUGGUUACCCAAUGGCAAUCUCUAUUUUAUCAGAACCGUUAUUCGCAUACCCAUCAAUUGAACCCUAAUUUUACAAAACUGGCUGAGGCAAUGGGUCUAAAAGCUAUGAAUGUCUCAAAGUUAGCUGAUCUGAAUAAAGCUUUAGAGGAAUUUGUCUCAACUCCAGGUCCUGUCCUACUUGAAGUUGAAGUGGAGAAGAAGGUACCUGUAUUACCAAUGGUUCCAUCAGGGAAGGGUUUGGAUGAAUUCAUCGGUUUUAAUGCAGAUGUAGAAAAUGAACAAAAUAGAAUACGUCACGAGCGUACAAAUGGUCAAUUCUGA